AAUAUGUCGAUUUUCACACCGACCAACCAAAUCCGCCUCACUAAUGUGGCCGUGGUGCGGAUUCGGCGGGCGGGGAAGCGCUUCGAGAUCGCUUGUUACCGGAACAAAGUCAUGGGCUGGCGGAGUGGCUCUGAAAAGGACCUGGAUGAAGUCCUGCAGACCCAUACUGUGUUCGUUAAUGUCUCCAAAGGCCAGGUGGCUAAGAAAGAGGACCUUGUCAAAGCAUUUGGUACAGAUGACCAGACAGAAAUAUGCAAGACUAUCUUAUCAAAAGGGGAGCUGCAGGUAUCUGACAAAGAGCGGCAGACACAGCUGGAGCAGAUGUUCCGUGACAUUGCAACCAUCGUUGCUGAAAAGUGCGUGAACCCAGAAACAAAGAGGCCCUACACGGUCAUCCUGAUUGAAAGAGCAAUGAAGGACAUCCACUACUCCGUCAAGCCAGGAAAGAGCACUAAGCAACAGGCCUUAGAGGUGAUCAAGCAGCUGAAGGAGACCAUGCAGAUCGAGCGGGCGCACAUGAGGCUGCGCUUCAUCCUCCCUCCGAAAGAAGGCAAGAGGCUGAAAGAGAAGCUGAAGACGCUCAUCAAAGUAAUUGAGAGUGAAGAUUUUGACGAGCAGCUAGAAAUAGUGUGCCUUGUAGACCCAGGCUGUUUCCGGGAGAUCGAUGAACUGAUCCGGUGCGAAACCAAAGGGAAAGGGAGCCUGGAAGUGCUCAGUCUGAAAGACGUGGAAGAAGGGGACGAAAGACUGGAGUAGCAUCCGGCUGCGCCCCCCCCCCCCCACGAUCUCCCCCAGCAGGCACGGUAUUAAAAGUUGCUCCGAUUCUUUGCGUUGCGGGUUUAACUUUUUACUGUUAUCCAAUACCAGCUUAAGUUUUGUUCGGGUUUCUCUUCCCCACCUUCUUUCAUCCUCUGAUUUACCAGGGUGGGGGUGUGGUGACAGUUUGCACACAGCUCGUCCCUUGCUUAACUCUAAAGUGGAAAAGGGCUGCACAGAUGGUUUAGUUAUGCUGAGGCUGCAGAUCCUUCUUUCAAGGACUAAGCUACAGUGAGUGAAGUGUACCCUAAGUGCCAAAGUGCCCUCCCGCUCAGUUGAGAGGGGCCACAGCUUCUUGAGGUGAGACAAUCUGUAAGAGGAGUAGCUGAGGGCGAUCUUUUAAAUUAGCAGCAACAGUUAAAUUGGAGCACAGACUUUCUAUGAGGCGGCUUUGCUGAAUCCCUGCGCCUUAUUACUGAAGACAACAGCCCCACACAAACCCCUCUCUGCACAAGGCUGUUCUGUGAAGGGAAAUACUCUGUUCUUAUCGCCAAGCAUAGCCCUUUUCAAAGAGGAGCAUGGAUAAGGCCUUGCACACGCUAUAGGACCUCUGGAUUGGGGUUUUGAAGAGCUGCUCACAUAGCUAUCCAUGCAUAGGAGCUUGAUGAAUGGAAGACCCCUCUUCUUUCCAGAGGAACUGUAACAAAGCACUAAUAAGACUCAAACACUGACAGCCCAGAAAGUGUUGUCCAGACGAUUCAUUUUUCUCGGAGCUGGGGGCACAUUUAUAGUAAUAUAAAAGUCUGUAUUUAUUAACCAUAUGACCUUUCAAUUUCGCUAAAGACUCAACUUCCAGGCUUUGGAUUUUCUUUUUUAUUGUCCAAGUGCACAAUUUGAGGGACAAGCUAAAUGAAUAAAGAUACUGAGUGUAAGCCACUAUAAAGUGAUAAUAAAGUAACUGAGUGAAAAA